ACAUGGGCACCACCUGGAGGAGCCCGGGACGCAGGCGCCUGGCACUCUGCCUCGCUGGCUUAGCGCUCUCGCUGUACGCGCUGCACGUGAAGGCGGCGCGCGCCCGAGACGAGGAUUACCGCGCUCUCUGCGACGUGGGCACGGCCAUCAGCUGUUCACGCGUCUUCUCCUCUCGGUGGGGCAAGGGCUUUGGGCUGGUGGAACAUGUGCUAGGAUCUGACAGCGUCCUCAACCAAUCCAACAGCAUAUUUGGGUGCAUCUUCUACACCAUACAGCUGUUGUUAGGUUGCUUGAGGGGACGCUGGGCCUCUCUCCUACUGGUACUGAGUUCCCUGGUGUCCUUCGCCGGUUCUGUCUACCUGGCCUGGAUCCUGUUCUUUGUGCUCUAUGACUUCUGCAUUGUCUGCAUUACCACCUAUGCCAUCAAUGUGGGCUUGAUGUUGCUUAAUUUCCAGGAGGUGCCAGAACACAAGGCCAAAAGGCCCUGAG